UGCGACAAUCACGCUGAGGUCUUCCCUCGUCCCUGCCCGGUCGCAUUUUGUUUUGGUCGGUUAUAUGGGAGACUGAACGGGAUCAUCCGACAAAGUGGUCCGAGGGGUCCGUUUGACGUCGCCACAUAAUGUGGGGGGGACGACAAGCUACAAAGGUACCGUCCAGCGAGAACCAGAGCCAAAGCCAGGAGCCAAACAACGUCGCAUGUUCAACCUGGGCUGCUGCAAGUGACCCUUCUUUCCCUCUCCAUCGAAAAAAAAGGACACAUUCCGAUUCCGAUUCCGAUUAUAUAGCUCAAAACCAUCGAUCGGACGACUUUUUCAUCUUACUUCAACCUCUCGAGCGAUGGCUUCUUGGGCUAGACCACCACCGCCAACCGGCGCCACUCCCGAGUCUGUCCGUAGGACGAGCAUGACAAGGAACAGUAUCUCGUCAGCUGCGUCUGCAUAUGCGGAGAAUGCGGAGAAUGCAAUGCCCACGCGCCAUCCAAAGCCCCUGACCCCCGGGGAGCUCUGCCUGCAAAUGGAGCAGGAGCAGGAAGCUGUGGUCAAUCGAUUAACACGAGAACUGUCAUCACUCCGUGCUCGCUCCGGAUCAAUUGCCUCUGCCACAUCUGUGUCUUCGACCCUGACUGGCCCCGUCACCACUGCAGCUGGCCCCGGCGUCGAUAACACGCUUGAGCAUAAUCACAACCCAAUCCAUAGCCACCACCGGUCUCCCUCCAGCAUUAGUAUUCGCAGUACUACCGCUCCUACCACCGCUGUUCCUGCAGCUGCUGUCGACGGCGUCAGCGGCACUGUCGGCGGAAAUACCUCUCUGAGCAGACAAAACUCAACAGCCUCAUCCCGACUUUCGGUACCACCGUCUCCGCUACCCAAUACGGUGUCUCCCAACAGUCUGCACCAUAAUCCUUUUGAUCAUCACAACCAUCAUCAUACUCACCAUCAACCCGGUCCACCAACCGCCUACACUCAACCGCGCCACGCCUCUCUUCCGCAGCCUCACAUCCAGCACUCGCCAUCACUCUCACACGCUGCUACUAUGCAGCUCCGGUCGUACUCCAUCUCGUUGGCGCGCUACGAGGAAGCCGCAAGCCAUCGACUCGAGCUCGAAGCUGCCAAGCACGAGAAUAUGCUCCUCUUGCGCCGCAUCCGAGAGCUCGAGCAGCAGCUGAAGGACACCAAGGCGAGACAUCAGCAUGAGCAACUGCAGGGACAUGUACCCGAAUUGCACCGGAACGAGAGCACGCAGUCGUCUGGCGGUAUCCCUCUGCCCGCGGGUGGUGCUGCAAGAGCCACAGCUGGACCAGAGGAGUGAUUUAUGGCCCGCCAUGCCAUGAACCGUUUUCAUUUCCCCCCUUCUUCUUUUCAUUUCUUUAACACUUUUACUUCCCCUUGGUCUAUUUUCUGUGCAUUCAGUCAAGAUGCAAAUCCCUUGACUGCUUGCAAAUGCACUCCGUAUGGCGUUUGAAGAAUUCCAUGGCUCACUCUGCUCUUCGUUCUUUUCUUCUUCUCCUAUUCACGCUUCAUUUUUCAGGGUGUCACACGGUCGUAUCAUUUCAUAGGCGUUAUUUUUCCCGUUUCUUUUGUCUUUGCUUUUUUCUUUCUUUCUAAUGUUUCACGACCGGAUUGCAAUUGCACUAGGACCCGCACGUUCGAGAUCUCGCGGGUCGUCAGAGAAGUUUCAAACACUCUUUACUUUUUACUCAUAUGCCUCGUUUUCUUUCCGCGGUACGAGAGUUAUUAUUGUUAACCACUCUGCGCGUCAGUCGCAAGUUGCAAGUGUUUUUUUUUUUUUUCCUUCCU